CUGAGUCAAAGGCUGUAUAUUUCUCGACCGCUGUGGUUCCCCCUUCUGAGGUUGCAACGAGUCUCGGCUGCUUACACUAAUGUCUGCAUACGGCGCCAUCCAAACCCGCAGCCGACCCGACACUGUCCUGCCUUCCACAGCAUGGACGGUCCAAUCCAAGGACGGAGCCACAACAGGCUACGUGACCAUUCACCACCUCAACCUCGCCCAUGCACAGGCCUUCGAGGACCUGCUCGACUACCUAUGGCACGUCUUCGCGGAGGAGGUGGACGGCGGGCUCACGUACCCGCAGGAGGUCGCGCCCGGGGAGGUAUACACGCGCGAGGCGUUCGAGGCGUAUUUCUUCGCUGCCGAUGUCUUCGUCGCGAUCGUAGGAGACGGUGAUACCAGUCAGAUUGAUACGGUAGAGGACGGCCGUGAGGUUGCGCUUGGGCUCGGUGAAGCGAAGGGCGCGCGAGAGUGGCGGGACUGUGUGGCAGGAUUUUACUACGUGAAGCCCAAUUAUCCCGGACGAUCAUCUCAUAUCUGCAACGCCGGCUUCGUGAUACCCCCCACCCACCGCGGGCGGCGGUACGGCCCCGUGCUCGGCCGCUCCUACCUGCACUACGCGCCGCAGCUGGGAUACCAAGCGAGCGUGUUUAACCUUGUCUACGUGACCAACGUCGCGUCUGUCCGGAUAUGGGAAGCGCUCGGGUUCAGCAAGGCGGGGCGGAUACCCAAGGCGGGGAGGCUGAAGAGCAAGGAUGGCGAGGGGGAGGAAUACGUCGACGCAUGGGUAUUUUACAAGAGCUUCUCGAAUUGAUCGAACGUUUCAAGCUGCAUUUGGAAGCGAACGCA